UACUUAGCCUCGGCUUCUUUCUCACUGGAAGCCGUCUCAAUCCGCUACCCUUGCCCAUGCGCACUCUGCUUCCCCCGCCCAGCCUUCAGAACUACCCCUCCCUUUCUCCAGCGACUAGAGUGCCAAGAGCAUGCGCGAGCCUGUCCCAGCAUCCCGCCCAACUGUCUAACAGUCUCAACUCGAGGUGAGGGCGCGAGCUCGCCAAACUCUCCAAUCUCCGCUCUUUUCUUACUCGGUGGCUGGGCUUAAUCCUCUACCCUUGCACAUGCGCAAUCUGCUUCCCCGGUACAGCUUGCCGAACCCUUCUUCCCCUUCCCCAGAGCCUACUGCGCAUUCGCAGGGCUCCCGACUGCGUUCUCCCAGCGUCCUUCGCGGGUUGCGCAGGAACCGUGCUAGAAGCGAACGGCGGACCGGCUGCAACAUGGCUGCGUCUGCUGCCGCUUCCCUUCAGGUGGUGGAGAUGGAGGGGGUGGAAGCAGCCGUCUCCGGGCCCGUGGGGCUGGGAGUGGAAGGCAUGGGCAUUAGCGGUAACGUGGGCGCGGAGGCCGGGCUCGCGGCCGGGCUCGGAGCCGGGCUCGGGGCCGGCCUAGGGGCCGGCCUGGCCUCCAUGGCGGAGGUGGUCGGCGGGGAGCCAGGCCCGGAGUCGGAGGACUUCGAGUGCAGCACGCACUGCUCGGAGCUGUCGUGGCGGCAGAACGAGCAGCGGCGUCAGGGCCUCUUCUGCGACAUCACGCUGUGCUUCGGCGGCGCGGGCGGCCGCGAGUUCCGCGCCCACCGCUCGGUGUUGGCCGCCGCCACCGAGUACUUCACACCCCUGCUCUCGGGCCAGUUCUCCGAGUCCCGCUCCGGCCGUGUGGAGAUGCGUAAGUGGAGCUCGGAGCCCGGGCCCGAGCCCGACACGGUCGAGGCCGUCAUCGAGUACAUGUACACCGGCCGCAUCCGCGUCAGCACGGGUAGCGUCCACGAGGUUCUGGAGCUGGCCGACAGGUUCUUACUGAUUCGUUUAAAAGAAUUUUGUGGAGAAUUUCUCAAGAAAAAACUGAAUCUCUCAAAUUGUGUGGCUAUCCAUAGUUUAGCCCACAUGUACACCCUGAGCCAACUUGCUCUGAAAGCUGCAGAUAUGAUAAGGAGGAAUUUCUAUAAAGUGAUCCAGGAUGAAGAAUUCUACACUUUACCUUUUCAUCUCAUUCGAGACUGGCUUUCAGACUUAGAAAUUACAGUUGACUCAGAAGAGGUUCUCUUUGAAACCGUUUUGAAGUGGGUUCAGAGAAAUGCUGAAGAGAGGGAACGAUACUUUGAGGAACUUUUUAAAUUGCUUAGAUUAUCACAGAUGAAGCCUACUUAUCUUACACGAAAUGUCAAGUCAGAAAGGCUGGUAUCCAUUAAUGAAGUUUGUGUCAGAUUAGUUUCUGAAGCUGUGGAAAGCCAUGCUCUAAGAGCUGAGAAUUUACAGUCUGGUAAUUUGCAGCAUUCAGUGUCCCCUGUUGGGUUACUGCCACGAUAUGGGCAAAACAUGGAUGUGAUUAUGGUCAUUGGUGGUGUGUCAGAAGGAGGGGACUACUUGAGUGAAUGUGUGGGAUAUUUUAUUGAUGAAGACAGGUGGGUAAACCUGCCACAUAUCCAUAAUCACCUGGAUGGACAUGCUGUUGCAGUGACAGAAUCUUACAUAUAUGUUGCUGGGUCAAUGGAACCUGGAUUUGCCAAAACUGUGGAAAGGUAUAAUCCAAAUAGAAACAUGUGGGAGCAAGUUUGUAAUUUAAUGACAAGAAAACAUUCUUUUGGCCUCACAGAAGUAAAGGGAAAACUGUAUAGUAUUGGAGGACAUGGCAACUUUAGUCCUGGUUUUAAAGAUGUAACUGUAUAUAAUCCUGAACAAGAUAAAUGGCACAACUUGGAGUCAGCACCAAAGAUUCUUCGUGAUGUCAAAGCAGUUACCAUAGAAGAAAGAUUUGUGUACAUUGCUGCCCGUACUCCUGUGGACAGUGACAGUGAAGAUGGAUUAAGGGCAAUCAUAACCCGCUAUGACACAGAGACUCGGCAGUGGCAAGAUGUGGACUCCUUGCCACUUAUUGACAAUUACUGCUUUUUCCAGAUGUCUGUAGCCAGUACAAACUUUUACCACACAGCCUCAUGCUGUCCAAAGAGUUAUCCUCUGGAUAACGAAGAGGCAAAGAGAAAAAUUUCUGGCCGAGUAUCUGAUGAGAUCCUUGAAAGCUUACCUCCAGAAGUCCUUAGCAUAGAAGGGGCAGCAAUUUGCUAUUACAAAGACGAUGUGUUCAUCAUUGGGGGUUGGAAAAACAGUGAUGAUAUUGACAAGCAAUAUCGAAAGGAAGCCUAUCGUUACUGUGCUGAGAGGAAGCGGUGGAUGCUCCUUCCUCCCAUGCCACAACCUCGUUGUAGGGCAACUGCUUGCCAUGUGAGAAUCCCCUACAGGUGCUUGCAUGGUAGCCAGAGAUACCCCAUGCCCCAAAAUUUAAUGUGGCAGAAGGACAGAAUACGACAGAUGCAAGAAAUACAUCGACAUGCACUAAGUUUGCGGAGGAUGCCACGCUCUCAGAUUGAAUGCUAGGUCUUGGUUCCUAUCUACAGUAACACCUGUUUGAAUGAGGCUAAACACAUACAGUCUUAACAUAUUACUUGAAAAAAGUAGUAUGCUGGCAACUCAGAUUUGUACCUGAAUUGGUAGAUUGUUUUAUCCCAUAUAAAAGAGCUGUGCUUGUAAAUACUGAAGGAUGGGAAACAAACACAAUAGAGGGGUAA